UGCUCAUGUAGGACUUACUCCCACCUCUGCUAGUAUUUCCUAAUCCAUGCAAGUGGUUCCGUCAUUUUAAAGUUUAUUUUUCUACCUUCCAGUGGCCCUUCUGGUUUUGGUUAAUAUAAGUAUAAUAUCAAAAUCAACACAGAGAAUGAAACGUACCAUAUAUAGUUAAUGUGUAUUAAUUAAGCUAAUAUCUGAAAACAUUUUUGUUGAACUUAUUUCAUUGAGUUUUCAUAGUGUUAAACUUGUGAUUUGUUUUUCUUGGUGGUACAUUAAGUAGCGUAUCAGAUGGAGCCAGAGUAUGCUGGAGGAGAUGGUGCAGGGAAAGGGUACAUCAUCAGAACAACGCUAAAAACAGUCUGUCCAACCUGAAGGACGUGUAGACAGGACAUCUGUGCUGCUAACCCAUCCAACAGAGAACUUAAAAGGCUUCAUUUGCAUUUUAAAGUCACUCAAAUUAGAUUUUGGUUUAGUAUCUUGUCGCCUUCUCCACUGCUCCGUAGAGAAGAUCUUUAAAUCCUUGUUUGAAUACAUACACUUUGGCAUGAACUGAUUUACACAAUGUAUUGACUCAGGUUUUCAGAGGCAAAAUCGACCUGAUUCUAUGUUCAAAUGUUCUUAAUGACAUCUUUUAAUGUGUUAUCCCAGUUGAUAGAUGAGCAGGUACUGUGUGUCCACGGUGGUCUUUCACCUGACAUCAAGACACUGGACCAGAUCCGCACCAUUGAACGCAACCAGGAGAUCCCCCACAAGGGCGCCUUCUGUGACCUGGUGUGGUCGGACCCAGAGGACGUGGACACCUGGGCCAUCAGUCCUCGAGGGGCCGGCUGGCUGUUUGGCUCCAAGGUUACCAAUGAGUUUGUGCACAUCAACAAUCUGAAGCUCAUCUGCCGUGCACAUCAGCUGGUGCAUGAAGGCUACAAGUUCAUGUUUGACGAGAAGCUGGUGACCGUGUGGUCGGCGCCAAACUACUGCUACCGCUGCGGGAACAUCGCGUCCAUCAUGGUCUUCAAGGACGUCAACAGACGAGAGCCCAAGCUGUUCCGCGCUGUGCCUGACUCGGAGCGCGUCAUACCCCCCCGAACAACCACCCCCUACUUCCUCUAAGGACUGGAGCCAGCUCUCUCUGCUCUCCCCCCUCUGGAGAUCUCUCAAACUUAGUAGCUGAUUUUAAGAAGUUCUUGGAGGUAACGUCAGGUCUACCACAUCUUGAGUAACACAUGGCUUCUUCCCAGUCUGCACCACUCAUGAUGUUCUGUCGUAAAAGAAAAAACACCCUCCUCUACAUCCAAUGAGAAAAUGAUACCUUUUUAAAUGUCUUCAUAUUUUAAUGAUAAAAAAUGUUGAAUGCUUUAAUUCUUCUAUUAUGUAUACCACUGAAGCAAAUAAAACAUUUAAACUGGUGAUAAAUGCCAAUAAUACAUGUUCAAAUAAAGUGAUAUAUAUUU